AUGGAUACUGAGUUGAAAAAGGCUAAAUUGGAAUAUUUUCGAAUUCAGACUAUUUUGGCUGAAGAACAAAUUUCCAACCUUAAAAUUCAACGUAAAGUAUUGGAAUUGGAAUAUGAAGAGAAGGCGGAAAACAAAAGGAAGAAGGAACGCGUGGCUUAUUGUUAUUAA